AUGGGCGCAAAGCCGAACUCUUUCGCGACCUUCCUGAUCAUUGGGCCGACAUGCUUCUUCCUCGGCAUUCUUUUCUCCUCAUUUCCCUACGACUACAACGUUCUUUGGCACGCGCCUCAGCCGCCCGACACGCGCGAGAUGUAUUUCAAGCUGCUUGAAAACCAUUUGCGGUUCCUGCAUGCUUCACCGCCCAUCAUCAGCCGCAUCCUGCACAUCGUCAUUGGCACUGGUCUUCUCGGCUUUGUCUCGAAGCUGUACAAGCCCUCUGAGGCCAACAUGUUGUUCGAUGGCGCCAGCUUGGUUCUAUACAUGUGCGGAGUGAUUGUCUACAUCACCAACAUUGUCAAGGGCUUGAGGGUGGUGACUGCCGGCAUUUACGGUCAGAGUGACAUUAUCGAGGGCGAAGCAAAGGAGGCCGGCGCUAUUGAAGAGGAGUAUAUCGGCCGAGAGGACAGCCUGAGGGUGUUGGCAGCCAGUAACACUAUUCUCGCCUUGGUCCUGGUUGGUGUCCUUGUUCUUCAAGCUGGGCAAUGGUAUGCGCAGCGCAAAGAGGACGCUGAGAUUGCUGAAAUGGAUAGGGUAGCGGGGGAGAAACGGAAGGGCAAGGAAGGAAAGAAGAAACAAUGA